AUGAAAGGGAAAGAGAUUAGAAUUGUGUCGUUGCUUGUCCUCGACACUGUGUUCUUCCUAUUGGAAGCAAUCAUCGGUUACAGUGUGCAUUCAUUGGCACUUAUCGCAGACUCGUUCCACAUGUUAAACGAUAUCAUUUCGUUGAUUAUUGCGUUGUGGGCGGUGAGAGUUAAGAACACCAAACCAGCGGAUGGGAAAUACACAUACGGUUGGCAAAGAGCGGAGAUCUUGGGAGCUUUGAUCAACGCAGUUUUCUUGUUAGCUUUGUGUUUCACUAUUAUCAUGGAUGCCAUCCAGAGAUUUUUUGAGCCACAGGAAAUCACCAACCCACAGUUGAUUUUGGUUGUUGGUAUUGCCGGGUUGAUCAGUAAUGGAGUUGGGUUGGUAUUAUUCCACGAACAUGGCCACGGGCAUUCCCACUCACACGGGUCGUCGUCCGAUUCUAAAUCACACUCUCAUUCUCACAUGAGUGGUGGAGUUGACGAGGAACAGGCUGUCGGUGGUGAUGGACAUGCUGACGAACAGACCCCGUUGAUGAGUAAAGCCAUUCGUACUACUCCGUCAGAAGUGUUUGAUUACUUGCCAGAUAAUGUUGUCGAGAGAUACCACAGAGCAUCGAUUGCCGGUACUGUGCAAGAAGAAGAAGAAGAACAACAACAACAAGCAGGUGGACACACACACGAGAGCAACGGCAACAACACACAAACAGGCAACCACCCAGGUCAUGGCAGUGGUGAGAGCACAAUGCAGAAGAUCAAGAAGAAGUCGAUGAACAUGGAGGGUGUGUUCUUGCACGUGUUGGGAGACGCCUUGGGUAAUGUUGGUGUUAUCAUCACUGCGUUGAUCAUCUGGAAGACGGACUACACAUGGAGGUUCUAUGCUGAUCCAGUGACCUCUUUGGUGAUCACAUUAAUUAUCCUCAACUCUGCCUUGCCAUUAGUGCGUAAGGCGCUGAGGAUCUUGUUGCAAAGUGCACCACCGAACAUCGAUUCCAAUAUCAUUGCCGAGCAGAUCACCAAGAUCCCGUUGAUCAAAAGCAUUCACGACUUCCAUGUGUGGAACCUUAACGAGGAUAUUCUUAUUGCGACAUUGCACAUUGAGUUGAAUCCUAACUGUGAGAUCAACUUACCGCCAUUGGGAAAGAAUGGUGGGGUGCAGGCUGGAGAGUCCAAUGACAACAAGAAGAAGAAGAACAACGGCGCAGUAUCGUCUCUGGAGUCAGCAGUAGAUGAGUCGGAAAUUGAGUUCCCAGCACAACUUGACAAGAAGUUGUUUUUGGCAGCCGUUGGACAGGUUAGAGAAGUGUUGCAUAGAUUUGGUAUAGACUCAGUGACCAUCCAACCUGAAUUCCAAUCGUCGCAUCCAUGUCGUCUGCUUUUUAAUUAG